AUGCUCAAUAGUUAUGCCGGCCGAUUUCUCCCGUUAUCUAAGUUUAGGGUUGCCCCUUUAUUAGGCGAUUUUCAUUGCCGAACCAUCAGUGGGUCGGGAGAGCAAACGCAGCUAAGUAAUACGCCAAAUGAGGAGCCUAAAAGCAAAUGGUCCAAUUGGACGGGACGAAACGCAUGGAAAUCUGGUUUAAUGGGACUCACCGGCUUUGGUGCUCUUUUCCUGGGAAGCGUCGUCUUCAGAUAUGGCCCUCCUGAACGCAGCGAAGAAGGAAAUGAGAUAGUUGACAAAUACACAGACCUACCUACGUUUCAGGCGUACGUUUACCGAAGUUUCAGACAUCUUCUUGAUUUCAACCAGUCUAUAAGAGAUCCUGUUAGCGAUAAACUUCUGCCUGAUCCAGUCAAGCCCCCAUAUUAUCAACCACCUUACACAUUGGUUUUGGAAGUUACUGAUUUGCUAGUUCAUCCAGACUGG